AUGACACUCUUUUCUUCAAUUACCUCAAUCUCAAAAACUAACACUUCAUCAAAAUCAAGUUUAAAUUCUUUCAGUGGUUCAUCAUUAUCAAUGGGUUCAAACAGUGUUGCAUGUGGUGGAUGUGAUAAACCAGCAGCAGGUGCAGCAAUCCUUGCAAACAUUGAUAUUAAAGCCAAAGUUGAUCUCUCACUUUCAGCUGCUGCCGCUGCCUCUGCAAAAUGUGGUGCUUGUCAUUAA